GUGGCGCCAUGGCGUCUCUGCCGCGGGUGCUGGCGGAAGCUGGACAGAAGAUGGCGGAAAUAGGACCCUCACGCCGGGUUGCCGCGGCGGAGCACGAGGGCUGCGAUGACCUGGGCCUCGAGGCGCUGAGCUUCGCGGAGCUGCGAGCGCCUCGUUCUCGGAGGGCGAAGCCCGCUCGGCAGGAGGAGGGCGUGACCACGAGCUCGCAGCUGUGGACGAGUGCCGCCGCACUGGUGCCCGCAGCUUCGAGCACCAGUGCCUCCAGCGUGCCCAAUGUCGCCACCCAGCCAGAGGGCGGGGGGGACCAGAAGACGAGGCCGAACGCUUUUGUCGACGUGACGGCUCUCGGGGAUGCCGCCAAGAGGGUGGCCUGGGAUGGCGAGUACGAUGUUGCGGACCUGUACGGCACCAAGGGGACGGUCGUCUGGAUAGGGAUUGAAACCAACUGUCAUGACAAGGACGUGUUGUACGAGGCCGAUUUGGGCUUCCAGCUGGUGGAGAACCUGUUCUGCAUCGCCUCCUCCUUCAACAUUUGUGGCAUUCUAUUCGUGCAGGUCGCGAGGGACACUGAGCUGAACGAGAACGGGGACCACAAAGAUGUGCAGUCCGCCAUGCUGACGCUGGGUCUGGGUGGCCUGCUCCCUGGUAUGGCGCCCACGAUCGGUGCUGCAUGUGUGCCCCAGUUCGCCCCGCAGAACAGCCGGGGCAAAAUCAUUGCGCGCGCAUUCGACCUCAGCAACAAGAUCGCGUUCAUGUUCGAGACCCCCCUGGCGGCUACCCACUUUCUCGACGCGUUCGCGGCGGCGGCUCUCUUCCUGAGGCCGCUCGUCUUCUUCGUUAAACAUUGGUCUGAGGUGUUCAAGGCCCCCUCCGUGGAUCAGGAGCUCUGGGAUGAG